AUCCAGAAUUGGAAUUGAGAAAUUUGUGUGACGACGACUCAAUUCAUUACUACCAGGAAAGUCUAGCAUUGAACAUCGAUCGUAGGCUUUUUGUACAAAUCCAGACGGAAGCUGAAAAAGAAUUAACCACAACCACUCCUCACAAAAAUGUCUCGUCCAGAAGAUACACUGUAAGAUUUCCCUCCUCUCAACAACAAUGCGACAACCGCCAUCCCCCCCUCCUAACACAUAUACAGCCCCCCAGACCUCCACUACAAUGACACCGAAGCGCGCAAAUACACGACCUCCUCCCGAAUCCAAAACAUCCAAGCCAGCAUGACCAACCGAGCCCUCGAACUCCUCGACCUAAAAACACCCUCUCUCCUCCUAGACAUCGGCUGCGGUUCCGGCCUCUCAGGGGAAAUCCUCUCCGCAGUCCCAGAAGAAGAAGGGGGACCCCACAUCUGGGUUGGAAUGGACAUCAGCGCAUCAAUGUUAGACAUAGCAUUACAGCGCGACGUCGAGGGCGAUUUAAUGUUAAGUGACAUAGGACAGGGCGUACCAUUUCGAGCGGGAAGUUUCGAUGCCGCGAUUAGUAUUAGUGCGAUUCAAUGGUUGUGUAAUGCGGAAAGUAGCGAAGUGUCUAGUACGGGUCGACUUUCGAGGUUUUUUGGUGGACUAUAUGCUUCGUUAAAAAGAGGUGGAAGAGCAGUUUGUCAAUUCUAUCCGAAGAAUGAUCAGCAGAGGACUAUGAUAACUGGGGCUGCUAUUAAGGCCGGCUUUGGAGCGGGAAUAUUGGAGGAUGAUCCGGGGACGAAAAAUGCUAAGUUGUAUUUGGUUUUGACGGUUGGAGGGGGGGAUGUGGAGACUAGCAACGGGGAUAUUACGGGGAUAGUUAAAGGGAUGGAUGGAGUGGAUGUAUUGGAUGCGAGGAAGAAGCAUAGAGAGAAGGGUAGAAAAGAGGUCAAGAAGGGUAGUAAGGCAUGGAUUUUGGGGAAGAAGGAACAAAUGGAGAGGAAAGGGAAGGUGGUCAAGAAUUCGAGUAAAUACACGGGUAGGAAAAGAAACAUUGCUUUUUAAAAGGUUUGGGAUGGGGAUAUUCGUGUGUAUAUAUGCACGCAAUGGCGUUAGGGAGAUGGGAUAUGGAGUGUUUAUUUAUGAUAUCAGUUUGAAGAACAUAUUUAUGUAAUAACAAACUCCAAUGA